CGUUUACAAGUGGAAAUAUGGGACAGGCAGAAGUUUCCGACUUUAAAGUUUCUCUCACCUUUAUUAUGCAUGCAUAGGCGCGCGCUUGUGUGUGCCUGUGAUAUAAAUAUAGAAAAAUAUAGAAUAUUAAUAAGCAACUGUAUGCUGUGUGAUAAGGAAAUAGGCUAGAGUUGAUUACAUGUAAAAUAAGACGAUACAAGUAUCAAUACACACCAGCAUUGCAGCAGAAUGAACACAACUCCUCCCAAGAAACGCAGAAAAGGGAACAUAGAUGAAGAUGCUGGCCUGCAGAAACCAGUCCGUACAGCCCCAACCAACACAUCCUUGCUUCCUCCAUGCCGAGUGUGUCAAGAACCAGGGGCUGGUUUUCAUUAUGGUGUCAAUACUUGUGAAGCAUGCAAAGGAUUCUUCCGUCGAAGUCUCGUCCGUAAGGAAGAUUACAAAUGUUUGGGUAAUGGAAAUUGCAACAUACAUGCAGGAAAAAGAAAAAUCUGUCCAAAGUGCCGUUUGGAAAAAUGUUUAGCAGUGGGCAUGUCCAAAGAAGCUAUCAAAACAGGUCGGUAUACACAUGCAAAACGUACCCAGGACAUACUGGAAGCUAAAAAGGCACUUUCUCCCAUGCCUGAUGCAGUUCCCAAGUCUACAUUGCAACCAGAAAGCUCAAGCAUGUCAACAACAGUAUUAUCAGGAAGUUUGAAUCAGGAGUUUUGUGCGGCCAACGAAGAACAGUCCAGCGAUCAUGACCUUACCAGGCAGCCUUUUUCUUUGCUCAUGACAUCUUCUCAGCACAACUUAUUGGAAAAUCAGGGUCUAGUUGAUGAAUCAUAUUUUUCUGCAUCCAGUAUCUCUUCUACAUCAUCUCCAGUGUCACAUCAGCCAGUAGCAAAUGAUACACCAAGACUGUCAUCACAGGUGUCGCCUUCUUCAUUUGCUUCACCACUGUCGUUAGAGUCUGCAUUAGGAAGCAACUCAGAAGAAUAUGGUGAAGGAGAACUGAGCAGAAUUAUUCAUGAUCUGAUUGAGGUGCAUGAACACAAUAUUUGUCCUGACACGAGGUUCACCCCAGAGGAGGUGUUGGAGGAACAGAAAGCCUGCUAUGAAGCAUGCAGACUGAAGGAAGAAAUGUUUGGUCCAAUGCAAAGACUGUCGAAAGAAGAAUACCAGGAGGUGUUCAGGUCAACUGGUCUGGAUGUAGAUGGACGACAGAUGAUUUUCAACGAUUUGGUUGAAGUCAUUGACCUUAGUAUUAGACGCUACAUCUCUUUUGUCAAGAUAAUACCAGGAUUUUCCAGUCUUACUUUGAAUGAUCAGAUCCGAUUAAUCAAAGCAGAUAAUCGAUUUGAAAAUGCCUUGCUUGGGACUUACCAUGCAUACAACUGGGAUCUGAAGGUGGCAACUAUUCGAAGGGGAAAGACUUUUAGCUUGAAUGAGAUGAACAGCUUGAGUAAUGAAACUGUAGGACAGAGACGGUUUGAAUGUGCAAAUGCCAUACAAAAACUGGGACUGUCCCAUGAGGAGAUGAUUCUUUUCAAGGCAGUGGUUGCUGUCACUUCAGGUGCUGAAGAUUUAGAUGAGCCACAUAAAGUAAGUGCCAUUCAGUGGAAAAUGGCAGAGUGCUUGAUGCAGUUGUUAAAACGGAACCGGCCAGAUCCCAACCUGAUGUUUGCACGCAUCAUGACGACUUUUUGCCACAUGCGGUAUUUAACUCUAGAUCUAUACGAGUGGAUUAAGACUCGCCCCUUCCAUCAUUUCACUCAGCUUGGUUGUUACCCUCUUCUGGUGGAAUGGUUUUCAACUGUUUAGCUGCUGGUACCUGCUGUGAUAGCUUCUGGAACUUGUUGGGCUGAGAAGAAGCCUCCUAAAAUAUUAUUCUCUCCUUGUUGUGCCGACCAAUAUUAUGAUGCAGCUACUAUUUUUUUAACCAUUUUUUUAAAGAGAUCCAGAAUGUACUGCUGAUUUUGGUGCUUGAGUGCUUGGCUGUUACCACUCAUCCUAGGGACUGCAAGAGUUUGUAGACAGCAACAGAUGUAGUUCUAAGGCCAUAAAGCUGUCAUGGCAGAGAUAGUUUUGGCAAAACUGUUGGUGUAGCAACUCAUCACAACUUUCUUCUCUUAGCUGUGGCAAGCAGUGGCUCAUAAAAUUAGCUAUGGACUAGCUAUAUUACUCCCUCACUCUCAGGAGUGUUUGCACAAAUUCCCAGUGCUCGUCUGUAGUCAAGUUUAUAACAAACUUUAUGCUUAGAUUUCAUCCUAGACAUCCUCUUCCAAAAAAAAAAAAAAAUGGAAAUGAGACAGUGAUAGUCAUGACAAGAAAUGCUAGUCAAGAAGAUGAACUGAAGUAUGGAGAGAAAUUUAACAGCUGUAAUUUGAAGAGGAACUUUCUAUAGAUUAUGAUCACGGUGUUGCUGAUUCUUGCCAAAAAUGAGUAGUUCAUUUACUUCCUGACUUGUCAGAAGUUUACUCAGACAUGUUUAAAGCACUUAAGGUCCUGAGCUGAUGCCAAAGGAGAAUCUAAUGUAUCAAUAUCUCCCAUAAUGUUAUAAAUGUUGUCACUUUUUACAUUUUUCUCAUUUAAAUGGAUAUAUUAAAGUUAUAUAUUGACCUUAUAAAACUCACACCACGUUAAGGCUGAAUAGAUGUCAGGCAAGCAUAUUCCUCUAUUCUGAUAGUUUGUUUUGUGUAACCUCAGAUAAAGCAGAAUCAAAGUAAUGUGUUUUAGUCGACCAGCUUCUGGGUUAUAGGCUUGACUUGAAAAGUAGUCCAGUCCGCUUGCUGCAGGAACAAUGGUAUUUUGAAGAUUUACAAAUUGUAGCUGAACUUUACAUAUUACUUAACUGUUACCAUACAUUUAGUUAGGUGAUACAUUGGUGUGAUGUGCAUAUUAUUCUUUUUUUGUGGCUUAAUGGGCCAACAAUUUUACAUUAUCAGAAAUAUCUGACAGUCUAAUAUAGUUUGUGCCUUAUAUAAUAAUAUAUCCAUUCAUUGACUGUCUUGUCUGCCAUGCUGUGCCUUAUGUCAAUACCAUAAAACCUAAUAUAUAAAUUUUGUUCUUUCUACAUGUAUUGUUAAGGCAUGGUGAACAUAUUUACAAAUAAGUGUGAGACUGUUGCUAUACAAGCCCUCCUUAUUGUUACAUUAUUAUUACAACAUGAUACAAAUAUUUUACAAUUGUAAUUGUUGGAAUGGAAGAACAGUUGGUGGGUAGCACUGGAUGCUACAGCUCUGGAUCAACCUAUGUAGCAUAUGUAAGUUACAUUACAGUAAGUAAAGUUUAAAUGGCGUAAUGAUUACAGGGUUUGAUGACUACAGUGCAGUUACCAUUUUCAUUCCCCUACCCUGAAUUAUCCCCUUAUUUUUUCAGUUGUGAUAAAGAGCUAAUUUACCUUUGUUUGGACUAUUGUCUAAUAAACAAAAUGUUUGUAUGGAAAGUUUUCAAAAUUUACUGAUUACUGACAUUCCAAAAAAUACGUUCAUUAUAGUUUUUUAAAGGUACUUUUAGUUGAAUGGUGCCUUGGCACAAAAAAGCAUUUCACAUGUGAAGAUUUUUUUUUCAAGUUAACGAUCCUUUUUGGAAAUAUAUAGAAUCAAAAUUGUUUUUUUCCUAAAUAGGUUUGUAGAAAAAAUUGUGUAGAGUAAAAAGAAUUAAUGUUUGUGAAGAAGAACAUGUUUACCAGAAA